CAUGCAUGAGGUCACUUCAUCUCCUAAAUAUUCUAUAUAUAUGAGAACUGUCAGAUAGGUUCAGACCGAAUUUUGCCUAUUGGAAGAAAGAUUGUAUUCCUAAAUUCGGAUAGUGUGUUUGAUAGAUAGACAAUUGUGUUAUUGUUUAUAAUUUGUGUAAGUGAUUUGAAAGAAGACAUGUCUCCCACAAUGCCUACCACACAGGUUCAAAAGUACAACAUACUUUCCAGCGAGUCCGCACACUACCUUGUGCUGGACUUCAAUGGAGAAGGAGUUUUUGGCAAAGUUGCAAAGUGUGUCAACUUAAAAACAUUGGAGACUACGGCCAUCAAGAUACACAAAGAGAGUGAAGAUGACGUAAUUCAAGCGGAAGUAGAAAUGCUGAGACAAGUUAGGGCACUUGACCCAGAGAAGAAAAAUGUGGUGAAAUUUAUCGACAAUUUCAUGUUCCAAGGCCUUUCUUGCAUUGCCUUUGAGAUGCUGGACAGGAGCCUUUGGGACUUGUUGAGGCAGAGACGGAUAACACUGUCUCUUAAUGAACUUCGUCCCAUCACCCAUCAGCUACUUGUAGCGUUUGAAGCCUUGAAGGAUAUUGGCAUUAUUCACACAGACUUGAAACCUGACAAUGUCAUGCUUGUCAACCACCAGGACAAGCCCUACAGAGUUAAAUUGAUUGACUUUGGUUUGGCAAUUCCAGCCUCCGCAGCAAGAGCAGGAAUGACCAUGCAGCCUGUUGCAUACAGGGCUCCAGAGGUCACCUUGGGCCUCCCCAUAACUGAAGCCAUUGAUAUGUGGGGACUGGGAUGUGUCUUAGUCCUUCUGUAUCUUGGCAUUGACCUCUUCCCUGGUCAAUCGACAUACCAAAUGAUGAAAGUUAUUUGUGAUGUCCUCGGUCAGCCAGAAGACCACCUGCUGACUGCUGGAGAGAACUCCUGGCAGUAUUUCAGCCGGGAUGAGGAAGGAUGGAGACUUAAGACGGUUGAGGAAUACAAGCAGGCAACAGGUGUUCAACCCAAGUUUUCAGAUUGCUUUCUUCAGGGAAGUUUCGUUGAAGAAAUAAAGGCCCGUGAAGAUGAAGGCAAUGUUGAGUACAGUGACAGGAUGGCGUUUUUAGACCUCCUGAAACGGCUGCUCAGUCUGGAUGCGAAGACCAGAAUAACACCUGGGGAAGCCCUGAAACAUUGUUUUCUUACAAUGACUCAUCUGGAACAGGACAGGGACAGCAGCUCUCAUGCAGAAGUUGCCUUUCACCUAAUGAACAUCUGCUCCGGUGGGGAGUCAGAUGAAAUGGAGUCAACCAAGCCCACCAUCAGGGAGGGUCAGAGGCAUCAGAUGUCCCUCCCUAUUCCUAAUGCCUGUGCUGAGUCAGCUUACUCCAGUUACAGAGUUUUAAGCAGUGCUAGCUCAAGCUUUGAAGACAUUCGUGUAUGCCACUCAAAUCCUCCACUCCUUAAUGAAGACCAGGCCUUCCAGGUAUACAGCAAUGACCUUCAGUUGUCAAUUCACAGGAGUCCGUUCAUCAAAGAGCCAUACUGGAACUCCAGUGCUAAAAUUUCUGACACUGGGUGUUCCAUUUAUGAAGACGAGGCCUCACAGGUACACUGCAAUGACUUUCAGUUGCCAAUUCACAGGAGUCCGUUCAUCAAAGAGCCAUAUUGGAAUUCCAGUGCUAAAGACGAGGCCUCACAGGCACACUGCAAUGACUUUCAGUUGCCAAUUCACAGGAGUCCGUUCGUCAAAGAGCCAUAUUGGAAUUCCAGUGCUAAAGACGAGGCCUCACAGGCACACUGCAAUGACUUUCAGUUGCCAAUUCACAGGAGUCCGUUCGUCAAAGAGCCAUACUGGGAUACUAGUGUUCAAGAAGGUGACACAUCUUCACCAUAUCAGGUUCAAAGGAAUGACAUAAUCUCCAGCAGGUCUGCACACUACCUUGUGCUGGACUUUAUUGGAGAAGGAUGUUUUGGUAAAGUUGCAAAGUGUGUCAACCUAAAAACCUUUGAGACUACAGCAAUCAAGAUUCUAAAAGAGAGUGAAGAUGAGGCCCUUCAAGAUGAGGUGAGAAUGCUGAAAGAACUUAGGGCCCUUGACCCAGAUAAGAAAAAUGUGGUCAAAUUCAUAGACGAUUUCACGUUCAAAGGCCUUUCUUGCCUUGCCUUUGAGAUGCUGGACAAGAGCCUUUGGGAUUUGGUGGAGGAGACAAAUAGACCAUUGUCUGUUAAUGAAAUUCGCCCCAUCGCACAUCAGCUUCUUGUAGCAUUUAAAGCCUUGAAGUGUGCUGGCAUCCUUCAUACAGAUCUGAAAUCUGACAAUGUCAUGCUUGUCAACCACCAGGACGAGCCCUUCAGGGUGAAGUUAAUCGACUUUGGUUUGGCCCUUCCAGCCUCCGAGGUAGAGGUUGGAUGGACCAUGCAGGCUAUUGCAUACAGAGCUCCAGAGGUCACCCUGGGCCUCCCUAUAACUGAGGCCAUUGAUAUGUGGGGAUUGGGAUGUGUCUUAGCAUUCCUUUACUUUGGCAACGAUCUAUUCCCUGGAACUUCCACAUAUGACAUGAUGAACGCAGUUUGCAAACUGGUUGGUCAGCCAGCAGAUAACCUGCUGAAUGCUGGGCAGAACACCUACCAGUAUUUCAAGAGGAUACGGGGCUCAACUAAUCCAGGAUGGAGAUUCAAGGCACCAGAGGAGUAUAAAAAGCAAUCCGAUGUCCACCCGCAAAACGGAUUUUUUGCCACUGUCAGAAAUCUGGAUGAAGCAGUAGAGUCGUUCUGGGAGACACACGAUGAUGUUGAGAAGUCUGACAGGUUGGCAUUCUUAGACCUCCUAAAAUACUUGCUUGAUCCAAAUGCCGAGACAAGGAUCACGCCUGAGCAAGCUCUAGAUCACCCAUUCAUUACGAUGAUUGGCCUUGAACCCGAAAUUAACACCAGCCUUCAUGCAAAAGCUGCCUUCGAAUUGAUGACCGUCUGCCCCUUGGAUAAUGAAGAUGAAUUGUAUGAUUUUAUUAGAGAGAAUGGAUCUCCUGCCUCCUCAGACUCCUACAGACCACCAACCAACUCCACAUCUGAACAGGAGUUCAGGUGCCGCCAGCUGCUGGAGGACUACAGCAGACCGCUGAUCAAGUACGCAGAGGCAGAGAACACCAUUGAUCGCCUGCGUCUGGAAGCCAAGGUGAACCUGUUCUCAGACCCUCCUCAGCCGGGACUUCUGGUCCAGUCAGGACCGAACCGGGACGCCUCCAAGAUCCUGAUGCUGAACUUUCCUCAGGCUCAGAGAGCAGAAAUCACCUCAGCUUCUCCUCAGAGAAGUCCUUCUUCUCCAAGAAGCCCAGACCGUCAGAUGGAUCAGCAGCUGGAACAGAUCCUCUACAGUCAAACUGACAAGUUCCUCCAGCAGCUGCAGACCUUUCAGGACCUCCUAAAGAGCAAAAGACUAAAACCCUUUGAACAGAUGAAGGGUCUCUCCCAACUGGAUGAGGGUCUGGACUCUUUAGCGCGAGGCUACCUGUUAGCUAAGGAUCAGCACAAACACUUUGACCCUGAACGGGAUCUGGAGGGUCUGAUCUUCCAGUGUGGGCUCCGUAUGGAGGAGCUGAAGGAGCAGGUGGAGGACCUGUAGCAGGAGCAGCCCUCCUGUGAGGCUGAGAGGAGGAAACUCUGAACUCUCUCUACCUCAAAGCUGUGAGGUGAAUAGGCAGUGGAUAGUUAGGUAGGGUUUUCCCCGGGUGCUCCGGUUUCUUCCCACACUCCAAGUAAUAGUAAUCCAAGUCACUUGGUUGAAAAAAAAAAUUAAUGACUUAAGUAAGGGAAACAAAGGUGCAGUGGUUAGCACUGUCACCUUACAGCUAAAACAUUGUGGUCCUCUUUCAAAAUAGACUUUACUUAUUGUCCCUGUGGUUUUGUGGGUUUCCCCCAGGUGCUCUGGUUUCCUCCCACAUUCCAAGUAAUACGUUACUUUGCGCAAAAAAAAAAUUAAA